GAUAACAGGUGUGUGAGCUGAGGGAGGUGAUGAGCUGAUUGAAGGCAGGUGUGAAGGUACAGUAGACUCGGUCCAGGGUGACAUCAGGACAGGAAGAGACUCACACACACACACCUAGGACGCAGGACAGACGAGAACAUUAAAAGCUCCCUCCCUGCAGCACCUCCCCAUUCCCGCACUAACUAACUACUCCACACUGACUCAGCAUGUAUGUGAGAGGCAGAGGGAGGGAUGGUGGGCCGGGCUCGCUGCUAAUUGGCUGAGUGUGGAGCAUUGCUGCUGGGGAGGGAGGCUGUGCUGGUCGGACAGGUCUGCACUGCUCUGCUGGAGAGGAGGAAAGAAGGAAGGAAGGAAGGAGGGAAGAUGAGAGGGAAGGAAGAAGGAGUAGCAGAGAGAGGAUGAGACUCAAGAUAAACCAUGUGGGAGGUGUAAAUCCUGUACGGGUGAAGCGGCUGUGAGAGGAGGAGAGGUAUGAAGAAUAGGGAGCAGUUGGAGGUGUCCCAUGGGCAUGUUUGUCCUCUGGCUGUUCAGCCUGUGUGUCUCUGCUCUGCACACAGACGCUCUGGGAGGGAGAAGAAAGACCGUCUAAAAAUAAACUGACACGCACCACCAGCAGAAAAACGAACCGACAAAUAAUAGAAGAAGAGGACAAAGAAGAGCUUCCGUUUGUUUUUGUCUCUUUCACCCUGUCUGUCUUUUCUCUCUGCUCCGUUUCUGUUUCUGUGUUCUCAUUACGCCCCGAGAGGAGGUCAUGUCCCAGUCUGGAAAAGUCCUUCAUUUGUAUGUGGAAGUGAGGUCUGCCCCAGAUCCGAGUGGAGGGAAGGAAGGGAUUGCUCAGGGGCAUUCGGUUCAGGACAGUCCGGCGGAGCUCCUGUCUCAGCUGGCGAGCCAGACGACCGUCACCAAGGCCUCCGCAGCUCACCGUCUGGUUCAGGACUGCACACACACUCAGUCUCCUUCUAGAAAAAGCUUCCAGAUCCAGCAAGCCAGCAGCUCGCCGUCAGUCACCAAGCGCUGGAGUGCACCGUGUGAUGGAGUGUCUGCCGUCCACUCUCCACCAAUAAUGCCGUCUUCUGGAAAGGUCACGGUCCCUCACACACCUCCCAACUUCCGGAGGUUUAACGAGGAAGAGGUCAGCGAUGGGACGCGGUCCGUGGUCACCUUCAGUUACAUUGAGAAGUCCAAUGUGAAGACCGUGGAUAGUCCGCGCAAGACUGUGUGCGAGAGAGGGACCAGAGAGGAAAGAUCCACCCCUUCUCACUUUCGUAAAAGGCUCAGCGACCCGGUUUGGUUCGGGAGUCCCGAUUCAUCGUGCAGCUCCAGUCCCAAGCUGACUUUCCGUUCUCCGGGACGUCACCAGCAGACGUUCUCUCCCGGCCUUCGCCAACCAGCCUUGGACCCCAUCGGCAGGGCAGCUACCCAGAGGGCUGUGGAGGAGUUUGGCUCCCCUCUACUGAGGAUUAAACUAGCCCAUGCACUUGAGCAAGCCUCAUCCUCACGCUACAACCAACAGCCACGCUGUCAGUCCUGGGCUGGGUCCCCUGUUCAGCGCCAGAACAUCAGCGUAAACCUCAAAGACCUGAGGAGCCAGGCGGUUUGUGGGCUGCCUCGGAGCCCGGCGUCAGACCAGCUAUCCUCCCAGUCCAAGCAGCCUGAGUCCUGUGUCGAGUCCCAGAGCCCUCUUCACUGGUCGGCAGAGGACAGAGCCGUGGCAGGCAGUCCAGCCACUAAAAGACAUGUUCACAGGUCCUGCAACAGGAGCGCUUCACCGCAGGGAGCAAUCCUCCAACUUGGCAAUAAUGUAGUCGAGGGCUUGAACCAGUUAAGUGACAGUAAAGCCUCCUCUCCGACUCACAGCCCUGAAGUCGCCCGCAGGCUAGCAGAGGAGGCCACCAAAGUAUCUUCUAUUUUCACAGAGGCAAGAACGUCCUCUUUGCACAACGCUUUAGGUGAUCCUGCUGGAGACUUUCACAAUUCAGCUCCAAAUGCACAACAGUCUAAGCAAACGCUUAAGAUGAACAUCCCUUUAAACGACCAACACACGCCAGCAACUGACAACACAGACUCUCACCAGCCUGAACACUCACACUCACACGAAACAAACUCCCAUACUAAUUAUCAAACACACCAGGAGGACUGCAUUCAACAGUCCCAAAAUCAGAGCUCAAUUUUAGCAGCCACUCAUAGUUCCCCCAUUCCUUCACGCGUUCUCCGUCCCGCUCAUCCUCCCACUGAGCUCAGUUCUCCCAUGAGGGACCCCAGGCUAUUCCAAACUGAGCUCCGAGCACCGGACACCCCCACCCUGCAUCGCCGUCAGCUCCCGCAGUACGCCAGAGACUCCUGGUCCCCGAGCCUGGACAAGAGAGGAGACCUGGGCUGUUUCGAGAGAGGGGACUGCACUGAGCUUGCUCGCAGGCUCUUUAUCAACCAGAGUGUUGAGGAGGCGCCGGUUAGCUGGACAUCCAGGCAGCAGUGGGGGACUCAGGUGGACAACAGCCCGAGGCCGAGCCCCGAGGCUGGAUUUGAGUCCAUCAAUGACCAAACUCCUCAACGUCAAUCCAGUCAACGUCGCAGGCCGCUCAGUCCCACAGCCCAGCAGAAACGAGCGGAGCAGAGGAGGAGAGAGAUCCUGCUUCUGGGACCGGUGGUGCUGGACUCUCCGGAGGAGGACGAGGGUUGCGAUGAGGAGGGACAGGGCAACGAGAUGGAGGGAUAUGAGGCGGAGCAGCAGAGGGUUGAAGAGCCUCCAGAGGCGGAGCAGAACGGAGCGAUGGGAGGGUCGUCCUCGCGGAGCUCCAGUGGGGUGACGGGCAGCUUUGGGGACAGGGACUGUGUGUCCCCCGAGUCCAGUCAGUCCAGUCACCAGAGCAACGAGACCGGGGCCGCAACCUCAGGAAUACAGACGGACAGUGGCUGUGCAGCGCCGGUGCCCUCGCUCCACUGUCAGAGGAUCGCUCGUGCCAAGUGGGAGUUUUUAUUCGGGACCCCUGCUGAGGAGGCUGCUACCAGGGGGGAGAAAAGUAAGAAUUCUGUGGAAACCUCCACAGCUCCUCCCAGCGGUAACUCCAGUGAGUCUCCCACUCCGACUCCCCCGUCCUCUCUCCCUCUGCUUUCUGCCAACCACGAGGUGCAGCAUGUGGAGGUCGAGCUGGUGACCCCUCCUCCAGCCGUUAUUGGGACUUCGCCCAAGACCGGCAUCAUUCGCCGCACUCUAAAGUACUCAGAAACCGACCUGGACGCCGUUCCACUGCGCUGCUACAGAGAGACGGACAUAGACGAGGUGCUGCUGGCCGAGCAGGACGACGCAGACUCUGCGUUCGGGAGUAACCGCAGCGUGCAGGGCACCUCGGGGACUGGCAGCAGCCCGCUGGGGGGUCUGGCUUAUGGGAGGACAGAUGGGGUGGAGGUAGAGGAGAGAAGAGGAGGCAGGGAGGAUGGGGAGGAGGAGGAAGAUGAGGAUGAGGAGGAAGAGGAAGAAAUGGUGAGCUGGGCCAGUGUGAGGAUGCAAGGAGACAACAGGAAGCAGCAGUAUGCAGCUCAGGACGAGCCAGAGGUGUUUGGACACCUUCUGAAGAGACCAAUGGAAACGUUUUUUGACAACCACCACCCGGCCCUGAAAUCCCCCAUCUUGGUCUCCGGUCCUCGCUGCGCCGCGGAGGACACCUUCAGCCGCCACUUUGAGAGCAUCAUGGAGUCCCACCGAGCCAAAGGCACGUCGUACAACAGCCUGGACAGCGAGGAGCUGCUGACCUCGAGCACCCAAACCGUCCUGACCUUUGACCUGCCCACACUAACCCCCGCCAUCCACGGGCCGGUCUGUCACAGCGCCAGGCAGAUCGUCCAGCUCAGCUUCGCCCCGCUGGCGCACGACGAGAGGCCCAGUAUCUCCGAUUCGAUCUUUACCAUGACGGGGGACUCGGACGCCACCAGAGCCCCGUCCAGCGAGAGGCUGAGCAGCGGUUCGGACGACACGCCACCCAAAGGACGAGGGUGUUCGCAGCUGGGGAGCAGCUGGUACAGCAACCCGUCCUUCUCAUUACCAAUCAGGGACAAGGCCCGCCUGGCGACAGAUUCGGAGCUGGACCAGGACCUGAGUGAGCGGCUGGGUCUGGGCAGCAGCGAGACGCUCACCAACGGCAGCCACCGCGCCGACAUGGCUGCCGCCAGACGCCUGGCCAAACGGCUCUUCAACUUGGACGGCUUCAGGAAGUCCGAUGUGGCGCGCCACCUCAGCAAGAAUAAUGACUUCAGCCGUAUGGUAGCAGAAGAGUAUCUGAGUUUCUUCAACUUCACAGGCCUCUCUGUUGACCAGGCAUUGAGGACUUUCCUCAGGCAGUUUGCCCUGAUGGGGGAGACUCAGGAGAGGGAGCGGGUGCUGUCACACUUCUCCAAGCGUUACUUAGACUGCAACCCAAAAGUCAUUCCAUCAGAGGAUGCAGUUCACACCCUCACCUGUGCCCUCAUGCUGCUGAACACCGAUCUACACGGCCAGAACAUCGGUAAGAGGAUGUCGUGCACGCAGUUCAUUGGCAACCUGGAAGGACUGAACGACGGCCAAGAUUUUCACAAGGAUCUGCUUAAAGCGCUCUACAACUCAAUCAAGAAUCAGAAGCUGCAAUGGACGCUCGACGAGGAAGAGCUGCGGAAGUCGUUCUCGGAGCUCGGGGACAGCCUGUGUGAGUCCACCGCCUCCAGAUCGGUGAAGGGGGAGCACAGCGGCGAGAAGCCCCUGACGGACGAGACGCAGCCGUCCGGAUCGCUCCUGUACAAGAACGGAUUCCUCGUCCGCAAAGUCCACGCCGACUCGGACGGCAAGAGAACACCGAGAGGGAAGAGAGGCUGGAAGACCUUCUACGCCAUCCUAAAAGGGCUAAUUCUCUACCUGCAGAAAGGGGAGUACAGGCCUGAUAAACAGCUAUCUGAGGAGGACCUGAAGAACGCCGUGUCCAUCCACCACUCUCUGGCCAUGAAGGCUUCAGACUACAGCAAGAGGCCCAACGUCUUCUACCUGCGCACCGCUGACUGGAGGGUGUACCUCUUCCAGGCACCGAACGCGGAGCAGAUGCAGUCUUGGAUCACCAGGAUCAACACGGUGGCCACCAUGUUCUCCGCUCCUCCUUUCCCAGCAGCCAUCGGCUCCCAGAAGAAGUUCAGCCGGCCGCUGCUGCCGGGGACGAUGUCAAAGCUGUCUGAGGAGGAGCAGGUCAGAUCCCAUGAAUCUCGAUUCAGAGCGCUCUCCACUGAGCUGGCUGAGCUGCGCUCCUACCCUCCGGACCGCAAGGUCAAAGGGCGCGAGCUGGAGGAGUACCGGCAGCGAGACGAGUAUCUGGAGUUUGAGAAAACGCGGUACGGGACUUACGUCAUGCUGCUGCGAGCUAAAAUCCGGAGCGGCGAGGAGGACCUGUCUGUGUUUGAGUCCCAGCUGCUGGAGGACAACGGGCUGCAGAGGGCUCACUCCAGCCCCACGCUGCAGGACAGCAGCCAGGCCAGCCAGAUCAGCCAGGCCAGCAGCACCAGGGACGGAGGCAACAGCAGCAAAGCCAGCGCCCACAGCGGCGGCAAGCCUCGACAGGAAGGCCAGAGACACAGCUACCGGCAGGCCGUCAAGAAGUGAGACGGGGCGGGGGCGCCGGGAGCGGCAUAGCGUUGCACUGCCAGCGGCAGGCUGUCUCCCUGCAUAGGUUUUUAUUUGAGAUCCAGGAGGGUUUGGAGCUCUGCUUGAAGGGGGAGCAGGAGUGAGGGGUCGACCCCAUGCCCUCCCCCCAAACCAUGACGCCCUACCCGGCACCCCAAUCUUCUCAUCGAACAGAGGAGGUGCAGAUCCUGUGACUGGCGGAGCGGCUGAGAAACACCAGCGAGGACGUUGGUGCAGGAGGUGGGAGGGGCGGCUGGGAGGUCACACAUCUGCAGAGACGAGGUGUCUUUGAGAACUGGGUGGCGGCGGCAGACUGAACUGUGCGGCGAGAUAAAGAGAAGUGCUUGGCGCCAAUACAGGGACGUACAUCCAGCAUCCUUUUCCUUUUCUCCCCCUUUUGUUCUUUCAAGGCGCCUCCCCCGGCCUCGUUCUCCCACCUUUGUUCUUGACCUUUCACUCCGUUUUUUGGGACCAAACAUUUUAAAACAUCACAUUUUAGACGAUUGCUACCGCCACUCUGGUUUGAAGCGCUGUAACACAUCACCAGGAGCCAUCUUACAUUCCAGCUCCUUGUUUUUUCACAUUCCACACAGGGGCCGGACAUUACAGCUUUUAGCUCCUCUUUCACUGAAGGUUGAAUCUACGGACUGUAAUGAAGUGUGGACAGCUGCGACAUGACGACACGGUGCAGCUCCUCUUCUCUCACUGACGGCCAGUUAGUGGCGACAGCGUCAGUCAGACUUCACAGUACUCCUGAUAUACGCAGCGACUGCGUCUCAUCUAGAGAGGUCUUUUAUUUUUUGCUCAACUUGAACAGGAGAUCUCUUUCCCAGUUGCUUUGGCUUCUGUCCCGUGGUGUGCUUCUGUUCUCUUUCUAUUUCUUGGCCGAAUGUUGUUUUCUCUCCAGUGAUCCGCAUGCCUGCAUCCAGCACUGCUUCUGUUAGGCCUUUUACUACUUUGAGGGCAAAACUGAGAGCAGCGAAACUCGUUCUCUGGGGUCAUUUUAUCCUCAUGCCGGUGCCAUAACACCCAACAUGUGUAAUCUGCGUCUGUACCUAUAGCCUCUCAUUUAUAAACCCUAUUUUAACACUCACCAGGCAGACCCUGAAUGUUCUUGUUUUUUCAAUAUUUUUACAGUAUUUUACAGUCGUUUGUUGAUGUUGAACCUAUUCCUCCUGUGUAUGUCAAGUGUAUAUGAUAUUGAAAAAUGUAAAAGGAAAAAUAUGUUACCCAUACUCUUUGUAAACAUCCAGGAUGUGUUGUAUAUAUAUAACGCACCAUCGGCUUAUAUUGUAGGAUAUAUGACGGUAUAUUUACAAUAUAUUCAAACAUUGUGGAGAUGCAUUUAGGGUGCACUUUCUUCUCGUAAGUCCCAAAAGCGCUACACGAUAAUCAUGUGUUGUUGUUUUAUUUUCUUACAUGGUGGUAAUAAUUCAGCACAAUAUGAGUAUUAUAGUGACGCCUAUGUACCUAUCAAAGAUUAGUAAGUGAUCAAAGGUUGUUUUUUCACACACACACACACACGUGGUGAAUUUAUGUGAGGAUUUCAGCUGCCGUGGGAGGUAAUCCAAAGACAGCGCAUGGUUGGCUAAUAGCAUGAUUUUAAAAGGGAUCAGGGUUGUUGUCAGAGAUGCAUGAAAAAGGUGGAGAAUGUAAAAAAAAAAAAGAAAA